AUGAAACUCGAAUUCACUAUCUAUUUCUCCACAACAACAAAAUGAAUUCUUCUACACUUUUCCUUUUGUCAUUCACCCUUUCCUUGAUCCUCAUUUCUCCUUUGCCAACCUUAGGCACAAGCUUGUAUGAAUCUCUAUGCGAUAAUGCUGGUGUGGACAAGGCUAGGUGCCUUGAAGUUCUCAAAGCCGAACCUCAAAUUGUUGGGGCUAAAGAUAGUGUUGAACUUUGCAAGUUGGUCCUUGAAUUAGGACUAAAAAAGGGAUUAGAGGCCCAAACAUUCCUAAAAGAAGCGAUGAAGACAAAUCCUUCACCAGCCAUUAUGCAAUGUGCAACUACCCUUUAUGAUGGUACGAUUGGAUCUUUCAAAAGUUCAUUGGGUGAAUUGAGUGAGGAUGGUCUAACCGCAAAUUAUGAUGCCAAAGUGGCUGGUGAUGGGCCUACAACUUGUGACACAACCUUGAGUAAUGCCAAUAUCAUCAAUCCUUCUAUUUCAGCUUUAAACAAGGACAUCUUGUUGAUUAGCAAACUUGCAUAUCUAGCCACCGAUAACCUUCCCGAUAAUCCAUAAAGUGAUUGUUAUGCUAUAUGAUGAUAGUUAGAGGAGAAGGGAGUUGUGGGGUGUUUUGGGUUUCCAAUAUGGUGAGCAACAAAUUAAUCAAAACAAACCAUGUAUAUUUAUGAAUGCAAUCGCGUGUAUCUUGAUUCUACUAUUUAGUUUAGUUGAAUGUUUUGUUGUUUCAAUUUCUUAUUUAUUUUUUUAAUGGCAAUUGAAAUCAUUAGCUUCUUUGCUUUAGCAAGGAAAAUUCAUCAAUAUCAUAUUUUAACAUGCAAUGUUAUUAGUCUGAUAAUGAAAUCAUAUGUAUCUUGAUUCUACUACUUAUUUAGUGGAA